UUGCCAAAGCUUAUAAAUUUUUGAUCAAAUCCGAACACUUACACUUUCAACUGCACCAAACAGAAACUUCAAGGACCCUAAUCGCGCGAAGACAAGACGCCGGCUGAGGGAGAAGAAGCUAAGCAGUGGACCUGUCCAACAUUCCUCCCGCCGAGGGAGAAGAAGCUAACCAGUGGACCUGUACAACAUUCCUCCUUUUUUACCACCUUACAUCCGCUGUGCUCCAUCGCUCUGUCGCACUAUAUCGCCGAGGGCUCACUGGUGGUUUCAGUGUCUACGUUCUCUCCACUAUCUCUUUAAUUGCAGUCUCAUCUGAAAUUGUUACUGCACGUUCUAGAGAGCUAUGACAAACAGCGUCGUUGCUGGUUUGAUCUCUUCUAGGAUUAGGAGACUGUUUGAAAUCAUCCCCGAUUACUGGAUAAGUUCAUGGACUGAAAAGGAGAUCCGUUUAUUUGUUCUAAUCAACGUCUUUUUCCAGAUAGUGCUCUUGGUGUUGGGAAACAGGAGAAAAUACAAAAUUGGAAAUUGGAUUUCAAUCAUCCUUUGGCUCGUCCAAUCAUCAGUUAAUACAUUCACAAUUGCAUCAAUUAGCAUUAUCUCUAACGAUGAAUCAAGUCCAAAAUAUGAUAUGUUUGGACUUUGGGCGUCAUUUAUGGUAUUGCAUCUUGGUGGCACUCACACGAUUAGUGCAUACUCAUUGGAAGAUAAUGAGUUAGGGUUGAGGAGUGGGUUCGGGAGUUUGACCCAGUUAUUAGGAGUAGUCUACAUCUUCCUCGAGAUCUGGGGAGACACGACACUUAAUUUUAUUACUAUUCCAAUGUUGUUAGUUGGAAUAGUUAAAAAUGGAGAGAUGAUUUGGACUCAUUGGUCCAUGAGUGUUGAUCGCUUUCAAGCAUCUCUGCCUUCUCCUCCUAACCCUGGACCUAACUAUGCCAGAUUCAUGGUGGAAUAUUCAGCAAAAAUUGCUGAGGGAUUUAAUAUAUCAGUAGAGGAAGUUGAAGGUUCCACAUUGUUGUGUUACUCUCCAAAAUGUGAACCAAAUAACAUCGUUCCAGAUGCUUCCAUACUACGUGAUGGUAAUUAUUUGUUCAAUAUAUUUAAGCGAUUAUUUGCUGAUGAUUUCCUCACCUUCUAA